AUGGAUAAAUGUAAACCAGUGGCAGUUCCAAUGAACAACAGUGAGAAGCUGACCAAGGAAGAAAGUCCGAAGAGUAACAAUGAAACUGCUGCGAUGAAAGAUGUGCCGUAUCAAGAAGCCGUUGGGUGUUUGAUGUAUUUGGCACAAAGUACUCGACCAGACAUUCUGUACGCGGUGAACAUGCUGAGUCGAUUCAACAAAAAUCCAGGACAAAAACACUGGAACGGAGUGAAGCAUGUUAUGCGCUAUCUUCGAGGGACUUCUAAUUUUAAAUUGGUUUACAAAAAAAAUGUAGAUUCGAAAAUUAUCGGUUACUGUGAUGCUGAUUGGGGAUCUGAUCCAGAUGAACGAAAAUCCACCACUGGCAACAUCUUUAUGGCGCAAGGAGGAGCAAUUUCAUGGAUGUGCAAGAAGCAACCGACGGUAGCCUUAUCUACGUGUGAGGCUGAAUACAUGUCUGUAUCGGCGGCGGUACAGGAAGCCUCAUGGUGGCGCGGACUUUCUGCGAAACUGGCGAAUGCGGAUGAAGUGAUUGAAAUUCGUUGUGACAAUCAAAGCUGCAUUGCGAUCGCGAAGAAUGGUGGGUAUCAUCCACGAACGAAACACAUUGAUAUUCGUCACCAUUUCAUCAAAGAUGCUCUCAGCCGUGGGAUUGUCACUCUAGAAUAUGUUAGCACGGAGGACCAGAUUGCAGAUGGACUUACUAAACCAUUGCAACGGACUAAAUUCGAGAUUAGUCGCGAGUUAAUGGGUAUCUCUGAGGCUUGA